CAACAAGGCAUUCGGUUCGAAAUUUAUAAAGAGGAGAACGGCAAGAAAAUCGUUUAUUGUAUUUUUAGGAACCGUUUAACUCAUAUCUUACCGCGAUCGAAAAAAAAUGCGUAAUAAAUACCUUGCCGUUCUUAUAUGCGCUUCCUGCAUUUGUGUUUGCACCGCGGUUCCGGACAGCUAUAAUGGCGAUAUCCAGAACUCGAAUUCACUGGAUUUCGGCAACGAUAGCGGGGGCUAUCAGUAUAGCUCCCCACCCAACAACAACUACCUACCUCCAGCAACCCCCGCACCAGAGUACCUGCCUCCCCCGAAUAACGGAUAUCAAUACAAUCCGCCUCCAAACAACAACUACCUACCGCCUCCGAACAACAACUAUCUACCACCUGUACCUGAAUAUGGACCGCCUCCUGGUUAUCCUGUGUAUGGCCCACCUCCUCCAUUCUAUAAGCCAGCUCCUCCUAUGCCCUACCAUUCGCACGAAUCUUUUCUGGAGAAACUGAAGUCCAAGAUCAACCUAUAUACGCUUGGAAAGAUAUUGUUAAAGCUCUUGAUAUUCAAGAAAAUUGUCAAGUUUAUCGGCUUGAUUUUCCUGCUUUUGGUUUUGCCAAAGCUUAAAAAUAUUUUUAAGGAGGAUAUGAUGUCGGGAUCUGGUGAAAGCGAUGGAAUGGAAAGUAAAUUUGUAGAAACAGACAAAGAUAAAUUAGCUCAACAAAUUGAAGAUCUUUACGAUUUUGUAAUAAGUUCUAUUGAAAAUUUUGAAGGAGGAAGGUAAAAGACGGAUACCAAAAGUAGUUAAAAAUGUAUUAUUACGAAUUGUAUUACAUGCACAUUUGAUUAUUUAUUUGUUAAAAUUGUUCUUUUAAAUAAAAUGUAUCUAUAAAAUA